GAUCCUUGGUCGCUACCUGCUGCCUCUCCCGAUCAAUCCACCUCCAUACCGUGACUAGAGUUUGCUCUUACUGUGUUCUGCAGAUCUCUCUUGCGCACCCAUAAUAACAUACUUCCACCAUGAGUUGGAAAGGCCUGACCAAGAGCGUUACCCGAGCGCCACAAACCUUCAAGCAAAGGUUCAAUCUUGGCGAGAUCACCAAAGACCCUAUCUAUACAGAUGCCGAACGACGCUUCCAGGAGCUGGAGAAGGAGACAAAGAAGCUUCAUGAUGAAUCAAAGAAGUACUUUGAGGCCAUAAAUGGCAUGCUCACACACCAAAUCGAGUUCUCAAAAGCAAUUGCCGAGAUCUAUAGGCCAAUAUCCGGCCGCAUGUCCGAUCCCGACUCGUUUCACGAUGAAGGCAACGCAGCCGGCAUAGAAGCUUGCGAGCAAUACCAGGCUGUGGUUCAAGAAUUGCAGGAGACGCUCAAACCCGAGCUUGAAAUGAUAGAGACUCGUGUCAUCCGACCUGCCGAUGAGCUCCUAAUAAUCGUAAAAGCCGUGCGCAAGAUUGCCGCUAAGCGCGAUCACAAGCAACUCGACUACGAUAGGCACCGCGCCGCAUACAAGAAGAUUGAAGAGAAGAAAGAUAAGACAUUGAAGGAUGAGAAGGCCAUGUAUAAGGCCGAGAAUGAUUUGGAGCAGGCCACACAAGACUUCAACUAUUUCAAUGAUCUACUCAAGGACGAGUUACCGAAGCUCUUCGCAUUGGAAAGAGAGUUCAUCAAGCCCCUGUUCCAAUCGUUCUACUACAUGCAGCUGAACGUGUUUUACACAUUACAUGAGCGCAUGCAACGGCUGGACAUUGGUUACUUUGAUCUGACCCUGGAUAUUGAGGCGGCCUAUCUCAAGAAGCGCGGGGAUACCCAGGAAGAGGCAGAAAAGAUAUCCAUCGUCAAGUUCAAGACUACCGGUGGUCCUCGCGUAGCAGGGGCGAGGCCAGGCCAGUCCAAGUACGCAACAAAGGCCCUGGAAGCCAAAGCUGGUCGAAGUUCGUUAUCCGAAGAGACGGAAGCACCACCACCAUACAGUCCUGGACCUUCAGCGGCUGCCACCGGCGAUAUCAAGUCUCCUGCAUUGUCAUCAGGCUCAUGGGGUUCUGCUGCCAAAGCCAAGGGUGCAGCGCCUCCACCUCCAAAACCUAAGCCCUCGCGUCUCAGUGGGGCACCCGCUGCUGAGACCGUCACAGCCCUAUACGAUUAUGAAGCCCAAGCUGAGGGUGACUUGAGUUUCUUGACUGGUGACAUCAUCGAGAUUGUUUCCCGUACACAAAACGACAAUGAAUGGUGGAUUGGCAAAGUGCGGGGGAAGCAAGGACAGUUUCCAGGAAACUACGUUAAACUGAACCAUUAGUCGAGGCUCAGUCCGCCUCCUCGUACCUUGCGAUUGUGGGGUAACACUUGUUGAGGCAUAUUUUCAUGGCGCUUCAGGUUUCUUGUUCAAUACCAUUGUGUUAGAUUUGAGCAUUCUGCUGUAUAACGCAUCUCUCAAUGAUAGUCUUUUUUCAUCCAAGUGGAAUUGAGUUGUUGAUCGAAAAAUAUCACUAGCCACUCCAUGUCACGUACUGGAC